AUGAUGAUCUUUGUCAAUCGCAGUCUGCAUUUAGAAAAUAUAAAGUUUUAUGGAUUUGAUAUGGAUUAUACUUUGGCAGAAUAUAAAUCGCCGCAAUAUGAAUGCCUUGGAUUUAACUUGAUUAAGGAACGCAUGGUUAGCCUUGGCUAUCCACAAGAAAUAACCGAAUUUGAAUAUGAUCCAUCAUUUCCUGUUAGAGGAUUGUGGUUCGACACAUUGUAUGGUAAUCUUUUAAAAGUGGAUGCCUAUGGUAAUAUUCUAGUAUGUGUUCACGGAUUUGAAUUUUUAAAACCGUCCCAAGUAUAUGAACUCUACCCGAAUAAAUUUUUACAAUUAGAUGAAUCACGAGUAUACGUAUUGAACACAUUAUUCAAUCUUCCAGAAACAUAUUUGCUAGCAUGCCUAAUUGACUAUUUCACGAAUUCUAAGCAAUAUACGAGAGAAUCUACCGGUGUGAGAGCUGGUAAUUUAUUCAUGUCGUUCAAGUCUAUAUUCCAAGAUGUACGCGGAGCGGUGGACUGGGUGCACAUUCAAGGAGAUUUGAAACGUAGGACGGUCGAAAACUUAGAUCAAUAUGUGAAAAAAGACAUUCGAUUACCAAUGGUUUUGAGCAGGAUACGAGAAAGUGGAGCCAAAGUUUUCUUAUUGACAAAUAGUGACUACAACUUUACAGAUAGAAUAAUGACACAUCUAUUUGACUUUUCUCAUGGAGCACGACCAGAUGAUCCUCAUCGAGACUGGAAAACUUACUUUGACGUAAUAGUGGUAGAUGCACACAAACCUCUUUUCUUUGGUGAAGGUACAAUUUUGCGUCAGGUUGACACUCGAACAGGAUCGUUAAAAGUGGGCACGCAUAUGGGACCAUUACAACCUGGUCAAGUCUAUAGCGGCGGAUCGAGUGAUGUAUUUACUGAACUUAUAGGAGCUAAAGGUAAAGAUGUCUUAUACAUAGGCGAUCAUAUCUUUGGCGAUAUUUUAAAAUCAAAAAAGAUCCGUGGUUGGAGAACGUUUCUGGUCGUUCCUGAAUUAGUUCACGAGCUACAUGUUUGGACAGAUAAAUGUCAACUUUUUGAAGAUCUUCAAAAUUUAGAUGUAAUGCUCGGAGAUGUCUACAAAGAUUUGGAUUCAAGUAAUAAAGAAAAACCGGACAUAAGCAAACUUCGUAAUUCCAUAAGAGACGUUACACAUAAAAUGGAUUUAGCAUAUGGCAUGAUGGGCUCUCUGUUUAGGUCCGGUUCACGACAGCCUUCUUCUCAUCUCAAGUAA